AUGGCCGAUGAAGCAACCCCCAACCUCCCAGCCCACCGCAUCCCCACAGACCGAGACACAAAUUCCCCAUUCUGGACCGAGACCUUUCCCCCUCUCGAGGAACACACAAAAAGGCUCUUUAUAGAAUACGCAAAGAUCCCAGAAGAUAAGCUCCAAGACCAUCUUGAAGAAGCACAUCGUCAACGUAAUACUGACCCACGGCCUCUCUCUCCUCAGCGCAGAAAGGCAUGGAACGACUGUCCCUACCCAUGCAUAGGCCUCUGGCUCUUCCUCAAGCUACAGCUCCGAAGCAACAAGGAAUUCGACGAGGCCGUGUGGCGUACGCAACGAGGCGAGAAUCUCGUCGACUUUGGAUGCGCCGUUGGCCAGGAUCUACGUAGUCUGCUCCACGCAGGUUCACCCCCACAAUCCCUCCACGGCAUAGACCUAACCCCCUCCUUCUUCUCCGCCGGCAAAUCACUCUUCAACGACCCUCACACCCCAAUUACAUUCCUCCAAGCAAACGCCCUCUCUCCGCCCUCAACCCUCCCCUCCUCCUGGCGUAACAACUUCACCAUCAUCACAGCAAACUACGUCCAGCACUGCUUCAGCCUACAAGACCAAGAAACCUACGCCGCCUUCCUGCUAGCUUUACUCUCGGGAAAACCAAACGACUUGAUUUUCGGCCGCACGGCGGGCACGAAGGAUGGCGAGGCGCGGAGGGAGGAGAUGCACAAGGGUCAGAGGCUGUAUCGGCACACGGAAGCGAGUUUUGUCAAGUUUUGGACGAGGGUGGCGGCGCAACAUGGGAGGAGAGCGAGGAUUGAGACGUGGGUUGACGAGGUUCCUGCUUUUGAGCUCAGGGGCGAGGGGAUGGAGAGGUUUGAACCUGUCAAGAAUCUCAUGUAUUCGAUUCGGUUUGAGUGA